AUGAAUAUUCCUGUGAAAGUUGUUGUUGAGACUGAUGAUGACAAUGCUGAUGUGGAUCAGCCUGAGAAGAGAAGAAAGCCCAGUGAGACCAUCAAACCUGAAGCCAAUCCUCCUAUCCAACAAGUGUUCAAGACACUACGGUCUUCUGUUAAACAAAUGGGCCCUACUGCUGUUCAACCUACUGUUGUUCCCACAUCCUCUGCCAGAAAGGGGAAACCAUCUACUCGUUCCAGAGGUCGAAGUAUAACUCCUGAGGUUCAACCUAUUGAAAUUUCUAACACAUCUAUUUACAAGCCUCAGUUUGUAUCCCCCACUGCUCAGGGCAAAUGGUCCACCAUGGUCAGGAGAGACCUUAUUGUUCAAAGUUCUGUUGAUGAAAACCAGCUGAAUUCCGUGUGUGAUAUCCUACCACUGCUGAGUGAAGUGGGGCUGCUGAAGACUGUCACCUCCAUCUGUCCAUACUCGAAGUUCCUCACUUAUGAAUUUUACUGUAAUCUCAAUGAAGAGAUAGACAUUUUUACUGGGCCACGGCCAAUGCAAAUCUUCAUUCGAGGGAAAUGGUACAUCUUUGGGCCUGACAUGAUCAAUGAAUAUUAUGGACUGACAGCGGUGCAAGAAGAAGCUAUUACAGACUGA